UACUCUCAAGCUAAGAUCAAACUCUUUAGAUUGUUCUGUACACUCUAUACCCUACAAAUUCACCUUAUUAGAGUAAGGAAGUUAGUAGUAGAAAUGGAUACUGUCUAUGUUAAGGGUAUAAUAAAUAACCUGGACCUACAACUGAAUGCUACAAUCAACAGAUGGAUUGUCAGAAUCCUACUGUUUAACUUUGAGUUCCAACACAUUCUAGCCCUACAGUUUGCUUGUACUAACAGACUGUCUCAACAUCUGUACACUGAAGCUAACCUAGAAGAAGAAGAUGACUUUAAGGAAUGGAUCAACCAAGCUUACACCUUCUGUUACAGUUCUGUGUUCACUGUUCUGAACAAUACCAAACCUUUUAAGACAUUUCCAACAACUGAUUAUACACAUGCUAGAGAAUAUUGUCUCAGACAAGUUAAGACCUUCCUGGAAACAUGCCUCCAACUGUCUAGGAUGGAAAAUCACAAAUUCACCACCUUUGUUUACUAUACAACCACUUUCUUUGUUAAGACUGGCUGA